AGCAAGUUAAAAAGUAAGAAGAGACAGGAAUGUGUUUGCAAUUUAGAUGCUGCUCUAAUGUGUGGACUUUUAUUUUGAAAUAAAGUGAACAGUCGUUUUGGUCGCUCCUUUCACGGCUGUGUAAAGCGUCCUCAGGAGUCCUAGCUGAAAUUGUAGCUUAGUCUGUUUUAUGGGCUGUUUAAUUAAAAGGCUGAAAUGACCGCUCCGGUACCUCCCGGAUCGAUCGUUGUAGCAGACUGGCACCGAAGCCCGGACAGCAGAGAGUUUUUCAGGAAGAUACUGCACAAGAAGAAACGUCGGGAAUUUGGUCUCUUGGAGACACCAGUGAUGCCCCCUCAUUUGAAAGCAGACACUGUUCGUUACAAAGUGUUCAUCUCAGGUAAAAGUGGUGUGGGGAAGACUGCUCUGUCUGCCCGGCUUGCUGGCCAUCAUAUUCCAAACUUGCACUAUGAAACAACAGGCAUUGAGACAUCUGUGGCUUUUUGGCCCGUGAAGCUGAGAGAAAGUGGCCGUGUGCUGUUCUUUCACUUCCAGCUUUGGGACUGUGGGGAGAAUGCCAUGCGCAGAUUCGACCACAUGCUACCGUCUUGCAAGGAGCAGGUGGAUGCCAUACUCUUCCUGUUCUCCUUCACUGACCAUGGCUCUUUUGAGGACAUCUCAAAUCAGAUGUCUCGGAUCACAGACCCCUCUGACAGAGUUGUCAGGCUGGUGGUCGGCACAAAAUUUGACUUGUUUAUGCACACAGAUGUGACAGAGAGUGAGAUCACACGGUUUCAGGAGGUGUGGGGUGUGCCAGUCUUCCGUGUGGGAGGUGAUGUGAGCGGAGGGUUUGGUGAGAUCGCGCCCCUACUAAAUGCCUUGGCAGAAAACCUGUGGCACCAGGACUGCGUUCACGCUUCUUCAGUUUCCCCACUCCGAGACAGUCACCCAGAGGAUACAAGCCGAGAGGUGAUUGUGUAGCUGCUCGGUUGAACAUCAUAAGGAUUGCCUGAAUCACGAUUUUUCAGUCACGGAAUGCGUCAGUCAUGUUUUCAUACUUCAUGUGAGAUGCUGUGUCCACAUCUGACUGGACCUGGAAAAAUAACUUAACUUAAAACUAUAUUCAUAUCUUCACUCUAAUCUUUCCACAUGUAAGUUCUCAAUAUAGAUGAUUUAUGCUUAAUUUAGAAUUGUCACUGCCAGACCAGUUUAUCCAAUGACUAAGCUUAAUCAGUGUCCAAGAUGUAGUAGGGGAGAGAGACCACAACCUAAUGCAUUGUAGUUUUUAAAACAGUUUGGUAUUUAAAUAACUUUUAAAAGGAUUUGAGAAAAAUUGAUAGUUUGAGAA